CACCCACUUUGCAUAUCCAUUAUUCACAAAAUGGAGAGAGUUACUUGGUUCUUCCUGGUAUACUUAUUAUGUUGUACAACGGUUAGCUUCUUAACUAUGGCAGCACGAACCAACCUUAACAUCACCACAGACCGAUCUGCUCUUCUUGCUCUCAAAGCCCAUAUCAUCAGUGACCCUCAAAACAAGAUCUUUACCAAUUGGUCAACCACUACCCCUGUUUGCAACUGGGUUGGUGUCAUUUGUGGUGCACGUCAUCAUCGAGUCGCAGAGUUGAACCUCUCUUACUUUGGUCUCGCGGGCACCAUGCCUCCUGAGCUAGGCAACUUAUCAUUGCUUGUUGAUCUGGAUGUCCAAAAUAACAGUUUCCAGGGUACUUUGCCUAAGGAAUUAGCUCGCCUGCGUCGGUUGAAGUUUAUUAACUUGGGAUACAACAAGUUUAUGGGAGUGAUUCCGUCAUGGUUUGGGUCCUUGUCCAAACUUCAAGGUUUCAGGUUGUUUGGUAAUCAAUUUUCAGGUUCCAUACCAGCUACCAUCUUCAACUUAUCUGCUUUGCAAGUAAUUGAUCUGGAUUAUAACCAACUCUCAGGUAGAAUUUCCGGAGAAAUCGGGAACCUAACAACAUUGAAGGAGAUCUACCUUGAUCGUAAUAAUUUUGAAGAAAUUCCAAAAGAGAUCGGCAUUUUGAAUCAGUUGGAAAACUUGGUGGUGCAAGAAAAUGCCUUAAAAGGCCGUAUUCCUAUGGCUGUCUUCAACAUGUCUUCUUUGACUGUUUUAACUUUCUAUGGAAACAGCUUGAUUGGUAGAAUUCCGGACAAUCUAUGUCAACAUCUUCCUAAUAUUCAAAUUUUGUAUUUGGGUAAAAAUCAGCUCAAUGGCCCACUUCCUUCCACAUUUGGGCAAUGCAAACAACUUCUUGAAUUAAACUUGGAGGUUAACAGGUUGAGUGGAAGAAUACCCAAAAACAUUGGAAACUUAACCCAGAUAAAGAUGCUUAGCUUUACCACAAACAGCUUGACAGGUACUAUACCAUAUGAGAUUGGUUAUCUUCCAAAUCUAGAGCGACUGGGGCUCCGUGGUAAUAAUCUAAAUGGUCAUAUCCCAUCCUCAAUCUUCAAUAUGUCCACAAUAACAAAAUUAGAUCUCGGCUUCAAUCAGCUUUCGGGUAGCCUCCCAGCAAACAUAGGCAUUGGGCUUCCAAAACUAGAAGAGUUUGAACUAGGAGCGAAUCACCUCAGUGGAGUAAUCCCUAAAUCUAUCUCCAAUGCUUCUGAGCUUCGGAUUCUAGACCUGGGAGGUAACUCUAUUUCUGGAUUUAUUCCAACCAGUCUAUGCCUCUUGACAAACCUUGAAGGCCUCAGCUUCUAUGGUAAUAAUUUGGCCAUUGAUACCUCUACUCCAGAAGUUAAUAUUUUGUCUUGUUUGGCAAAUUUCAAAAAUUUGAGGUAUUUAUCCUUCACAAGCAAUCCAUUGAAUGCCAAGCUUUCGAUUUCCUUCAACAAUUUCUCUGCAUCACUUCAAUAUAUUUAUUUAGGAAAUUGCAGCUUGAGUGGUACCAUCCCUAGUGAUAUAGGAAAUUUCAGUAGCUUAAUAUCGUUAUCCCUAUUUAUGAAUCAAUUGAGUGGGCCAAUUCCAGGCUCAAUGGGAAGACUACAUAAUCUUCAAGGUUUGUAUAUGUAUGAUAACACAUUGCAAGGACACAUUCCAGAUGAACUUUGUCAACUCAAAAACUUAGCUGAUUUAUAUUUGGGUGGGAAUCAACUCUCUGGUUAUGUACCAACCUGCUUGGGUAAUCUAACAGCAUCUCUAAGACGUCUAUCCUUAGGGUCCAAUUCGUUGAAUUCCACAAUACCAUCUACCUUGUGGGAACUUACAGAUAUCUUGGAACUAGACUUGUCAUCCAAUUCUCUAAUUGGACCUCUAGCAGGUGGUGUUGGUAAUUUGAAAGUUGCUACAUACAUAAAUGUAUCAUACAACCAAUUAUAUGGUAGUAUACCAAGCAGCGUUGGGAGUUUAUCGAAUUUGGUCAAUCUCUCCUUGGCACAUAAUAAUCUAGAAGGCCCUAUUCCUAGUUCCUUUGCAACCUGUGUAAGCUUAGAACGAUUGGAUUUAUCUCAUAAUAGUCUUUCUGGAGUGAUUACAAAGUCUCUAGAAGCACUCUCAUAUCUCAAGUAUCUGAAUCUGUCUCUCAACAUACUCCAAGGAGAAAUUCCAACCGGUGGUCCUUUCAAAAACUUCUCUGCUGAAUCAUUUAUUUCAAACCAUGGACUCUGUGGGGCAUCCCAAUUUCAAGUUCCACCAUGCAAAAGAAAAACUAGUAUGUCUAUCUUGAAAUAUGUUAUUCCGGGGAUCUUGUCAGCAAUGCUUCUAGCGACCUCCAUAUUUUGGAUGUUGAUGUUCCGCAGACAAAAGAAUGCGAAAGCUGCAGCACAAACUAUCUUAACGCCUCAAGUUUUAUGGAGAAGAGUUUCAUACUUAGAGCUCCUAAGUGCGACAAAUGGAUUCAAUGAAAGCAACUUACUUGGUACUGGGGGUUUUGGCUCAGUAUAUAAAGGAACAUUGUCAGAUGGGAUAGACGUUGCGAUAAAGGUUUUCAAUUUGGAGUUAGAAAGGGCAUUUACAAGUUUUGAGGUUGAAUGUGAAGUGCUAAGUAAUGUUCGUCACCGAAAUCUUGUCAAAGUCAUCAGUUGCUGCAGUCAAAUUGAUUUCAAAGGUCUUGUAUUGAAUUACAUGCCUAAUGGGAGCCUUGAGAAGUGGUUGUACUCUCAGAAUUCCUCUUUGAACAUAAUGCAGAGGUUGGAUAUAAUGAUAGAUGUUGCAUCGGCAUUAGAGUACCUUCAUCAUGGUUAUGAAGUACCUAUUGUCCAUUGUGAUUUGAAGCCAAGCAACAUCCUACUAGAUGAUGACAUGGCUGCACAUGUUGCUGAUUUUGGUAUUGCAAAACUCUUGGGUGGAGGAGAUUCUAUAACUCAAACCAUGACUCUAGCCACAAUUGGGUAUAUUGCUCCAGAGUAUGGAAUGGAAGGAACAGUGACAAGAAGAGGGGAUGUGUAUAGUUUUGGUAUUGUAGUGAUGGAAACAUUCACAAGAAGGAAGCCAACCGAUGAGAUCUUCGUUGGGGAAAUGAGACUAAAUCAGUGGGUUGCAAAUUUCCUAGUUGCAGAUGCGAUAGUUGAAGUUGUGGAUGCUACCUUACUUGGAACCGAGGAGGAUCAUGACUUCGUGAGCAAGAGGGAGUGUUUAUCAUCUAUUAUGAGAUUAGCUGUUGCUUGUUCAACAGAAUCACCGGAAGAGAGGAUAAACAUGGAAGAGGCUGUAGCCAUGCUGAAAACAAUCAAGAUCAAGUUUUCAAAGGACUCUACUGCUAGAGGUGUGGUGUUGAACCGUCAUUCUGUUUCGUAACCCCUUAAUUAAUAUGUCGAUAUAUCUUAGCAUGGCAUUUGAUUCAGUACGUAAUUAUGUAAUUGUUUGGCAAUGUGGUUCUGACUCAUGUUUGGUUGGUAAUUCACUCUACUACUUUGUAUUAAAAAAUAACUUCCAUCUAGCUCUUUCCACUUUGUAGUUUCUGUGUUUUGCUGCUUUGAGGCUAGCUGCUUAAAUAAACCGAAGGACUACUAUUUUCUCAAUUCUUCUAUCUAUAAGUUCUUAAAGUACUUAUCUAUAAGUUCUUCCAGA